UCAGUGAGAGACACAGUCUAUGUGGGACUGUAUACUGCCAGUGGAGGAGAUAUCUCAAUAUCUGGAGGAUUGACAUUUGACCCUGACCAGCUGACCCUCACCUGUAUCUCCACUGGUGGACCUGCUACCACUGUCACUUGGACCAGAGACUCCACCACUGUCACCCAAGGAACCCAGACUGUGUUGAAUGACCCAGUGACUGCACAGUACACCCACACUCUGACUGUGACUACUGCAGGAGAGUACACAUGUACUGUGGCUAAUAACAAGCCAUCUUCUGCUUCAGCUAGCACCACUGUAGCAGGUCCCCCACCUCCCACUGAUGUGACAGCAGUCCAGGAUGGUCCCAAUAGUAUCACAGUGACCUGGACUCCUCCUGAUCCUCUGGAUGGUAUCACUGGCUACACCAUCUCCUACACUGGAGGAGCAGUGCCGUGGAUAUUGAUGGUGGCUCUACCAACAGCUACACUCUGACUGGUCUCACCAAUGGACAGACCUACACCAUAUCCAUUGUAGCCACAUCAUCUGGCUUGCCUAGUGCACCAGAACAGUCCACUGUUGGUUUAGUUCCUUCUGCUCCAGUCCUCGACUCAACUCCAACAGUCACUACGACUACCAUCGCUAUAUCUGGUAGUGUUCCCAGUGGCUCAGUGGUGACUGGCUAUGUGGUCCAGUGGCAGAGAGACACCUCACUUGUCUGUCCUGGUCUGAGUGAUGAUGGUAGUAUCACUGAGAUUAGCAGUAGUUUCACUGGCCGUACAAUAACUGGACUGGAGCCAGGCAAUAGGUACACCAUCACUGUGACAGCUUCUAAUGGAGCUGGUAGUGGUCCUGUCAGUAAUGCUGUCACUGCAAUGACUACUGCGACUGCUCCCAGUGGUCCUCCUGGUCCAAUCACUCUAGAUACAGUCACACCAAACAGUGCCAUUGUCCAGUGGGGAGAGGUGCCUUGUCCCCAGAGAAAUGGACUAAUCACGGGCUACACAGUUACUGCAACAAACUCGGGUGGAAUGGGAGAAGGAACUGCUAGUUUUGAUGUAGACGCUAGACGAGCCACGAUCUCUGGACUGACUCCAUCCACACAGUAUACUGUGUCAGUAGCUGCAGUCAAUAGUGCUGGUACUGGACCUUCCACUACCCUCUCUGUAGAGACUCCAGAUGGACUGACUGUAUCGGCCACUCCCUCAUCCUCUACCUCCCUCGCCAUCUCAUGGGCACUGGAGGACAGUUUGACUGCUACCUCCUACACCAUCUCCUACUCCAACACUAACACCGACUGUUUCACUAACUCCAGAAGUGGUAUCCCUGCUAGUGGGACAUCAUACACCCUGGAUGGUCUAGAGGAGGGAACUGAGUAUUCUAUCACUGUCACUGCCACUCUGACUGGGAAUGGAGGGACUCAAGAAGGCAGCACCACAGCCACCACAUUGACUGCUGCUCCAUCUGCCCUUCCCUCUUCCGUGAGAGUCUUAGUCAAUAGUUCCACUAGUAUCAUAGUCCAGUGGGGACCAGUGGAGUGUAGACAUCAGAAUGGAGAGAUAACAGGCUACUGGGUGAGGUAUGGGGAGGAGGGGAGCAGCGAGGAAGCCAGGAAUGUUCAGAUGGUGUCAGGAGACUCCAGUGGAGGAAUGACCACAGUGUCUGGACUGACUAGAGAGACAGUCUACACUGUGCAAGUGACAGCAGUGACCAGCUCUGGUACUGGAGUCUAUAGUGAUCCUCUCAUCAUUAAAACUCCUGAUGAUGUCUUCCUCAGUCUGAAUGGUAGCAUCAUCCCUAAUAAUGGCUAUGUGGAUAUCAGUGACAUUGGCUCCACUGAUAACACUGCUCUACUGUGUAUCACUAACCGUCCUCCAAUGGAUGCUAAUUCUAGAGGAAACUGGUUUGCUCCAGACGAGACCAGAGUGGGUGGUCCUGGUACUACUGAUGUUCCAGGAUUUACCAGAAACAGAGAUUCUAUGGUAGUGAGACUGUUGAGGAACACUGCUACUGAUCCUGCAGCUGAAGGAAUAUAUCAAUGUUUAAUAGAUGAUGCUAUAUCCAGAAGUAAACAAAUCUCUGUUGGACUCUACAACAGUGGAGGAGGAGAUAUCUCCAUUCCUGGAGAUGUGUUAGUGGAGUCUGACCUCAAUGGAGCCAGUCCUCAGUUCACCCUCACCUGUAUCUCCACUGGUGGACCUGCUACCACUGUCACUUGGACAAAAGACAAUGUCAUUAUCACUGGAGAGCAAAACGAGACUGUGUUGAAUGACCCAGUGACUGCACAGUACACCCAUACUCUGACUGUGACUACUGCAGGAGUGUACACUUGUACUGUGGCUAACAACAAGUCAUCUUCUGAUUCAGCUAGCAUCACAUUGGAGGGUCCCCCGCGUCCCACUGAUGUGACAGCUGUCCAGGAUGGUCCCACUAGUAUCACAGUGACCUGGACUCCUCCCUCUCCACUGGGAGAUACCACUGGCUACAGGAUCUCCUUCACUGGAGGCAGUGAUGUGGAUAUUGAUGGUGGCUCUACCAACAGCUACACUCUGACUGGUCUCACCAAUGGACAGACAUACACCAUAUCCAUUGUAGCCACAUCUGAACACCUCUUCGGUGAUGCCACCACAUUUGAAAUCACACUAAGUAAGAGAGAGAUAGGGCCCUACAUUUCGGUAAUCGCCUAUUCCAGUCCCAGCUCCAGGACAGGUGUUUGUGUCAGUGAGCUCCAUAACAGCCACCUCCAUCUCCCUCUCCUGGAGUGUGUCCAGUGGGAGGGUGGCCAGUUGGGAGGUGGUCUGGAGACCCACUGACAGAGGCACUGAGAGCACCAGUGGUCCUCUGUCUGGCACUACCUACACCAUCCACCAGUUGGACCCCUCCACUAUCUACACACUCACUGUAUCAGCCACUAAUGUAGCUGGAACCACUGACAGCACUCCCAUACUUUUCUCUACUGGUGCCAGUAAUGAUAUCCAAGCAAGGAGUUCAUCGAGUGAAUCAGAGAGUGGUGCGACCAUUGGUGGAGUGGUAGGGGCUGUAUUGAUCAUUGCUGCAGCAACCCUCAUUCUACAUGUGGUGAUAGCUCUGCUACUGAGACGUCAGAGAGGCAACUACUCCACCUCUGCCAAGAGAAGAAGUGAGAUGGUGGAUGCUCCUGGAUCUGCUGCUACAGUUCUAGAACUCUCCAAGAUAUCAGACGAAACCUACGCAAGUCCGUUCCAGACCACCAGUAAUGAGGCCUACAAUGUAGUGAGAGGGACUGGAAGGACAGCUGAAGAUGAUUAUGAAGUACCACAAAACCUUCCUCCCCCCACCUCAUCGUCCCGACCUGCAGCUGGAGACAACACCUAUGAGCCUGUCUGACACUGACACUCUGUGUGUAUAAAUGAGGUUGUAGCUGAAGUAUUAUAUUUUGUCUUCACC